CUCAGUGACCAUGAAGGCGCAUGUAACCAGUGACGUCACAGACCUCCUUCUAGCAACUCCAUUCUAGCAUCUACCGUCUUGCCUAGGGCAUACAUGAGGAAGGAAAGAUGGCGCUGUUCAUAUGGAGGGCUUGUAGUUGUCAGCAUUCGCUACACAGCUUCUUGAAGGCAGGACGCUUACUCCAGAGAGGGGUGUCCACCAAGAGCUUCCACUCCAAUGGCAGAAGAAGACUGCACGCUGCGUCUGCUGCUGUGGGCGUCCGGGUGAGACCCCUUUACUUGCUGCUGGGGAGCGGCGGAGGCUAUGCAGGCUACAAGCAGUAUGAGGGCUACAAGGACCGCCAGCUACAGAAACUUGGGCUAGAGGUUCCGCCAAGAGUAGCCUACACCUGGGAGGUUGCCAUCUACAAGUCUGUUCCAACCAGACUCCUUUCUCGUGCUUGGGGUCGUCUGAAUCAGGUGGAAUUGCCAACAUGGCUGAGGAAACCCGUUUACAGUCUGUAUAUUUGGACUUUUGGUGUAAACAUGAAAGAGGCAGCAGUAGAGGAUUUGCACCAUUACCGAAAUCUCAGCGAGUUCUUCCGCAGGAAACUGAAGCCACAAGCACGACCUGUUUGUGACUCCCAUAGUGUGAUCAGCCCAUCAGAUGGAAAGAUUCUGCACUUUGGACGAGUGAAAAACUGUGAAGUAGAGCAGGUUAAAGGGGUAACCUAUUCACUAGAAUCCUUCCUAGGACCACAGACUUGGACUGAGAACCUACCCAUCAGUAAGACUUCAUUCCAGGACCAACUGGUAACAAAAGACGGAAACGAGCUGUAUCACUGUGUCAUUUACUUGGCCCCUGGUGACUAUCACUGCUUUCACUCACCAACAGACUGGAAUGUGUAUCAUAGGCGCCAUUUUCCAGGAUCUCUCAUGUCUGUGAACCCAGGAGUUGCUCGGUGGAUAAAAGAGUUGUUCUGUUACAAUGAACGGGUUGUACUCACAGGGGGAUGGAAACAUGGAUUUUUCUCACUCACUGCAGUUGGUGCGACAAAUGUUGGGUCCAUCCGCAUAUAUUUUGACAGGGAUUUACAAACUAACAGCCCACGUUACAGCAAAGGCUCUCACAAUGAUAUGAGCUAUGUAACGAAUAAUAACCAAGAUGGCAUUGUAAUGAGAAAAGGUGAACAACUGGGAGAAUUCAACCUUGGUUCCACUAUUGUUCUCAUUUUUGAAGCGCCAAAGGAUUUUACAUUUAACCUGAAGGCUGGACAGAAAAUCCAUUUUGGAGAGGCCAUGGGCUCCUUGUAGGAAGAGUCAGUUUUGCUUCCUGAAGAAAAGCCAGAGUUUUGGUGACAGAGGCUGAAAGCAACGUCUCUAUGCAAGUUGGAAUUAUGUGCAGAUGCCAUACUGGCGGCGGUCAUACAGAUCCAGACCAUCUGCUGUGGCUACUGCCUCCCACAACCAGGCGAUUCUUAGUGUCAUUACACACUUUAAUUUCCACUCCUGCACUUUGUCUAUGAGGUGUGGCUUCCUGCCACAGAGCAGGAGAAAAGAGCAUCAUUCUUUGAGACAUGUGUCUACAUGUUUGAGGAAUUCAAAUUUAUGGUGUCAGAAAUAAUCAUUUUAUAGAAUGAACACACAGUUGAGGUACUGCUAACUUCAGGGAAGUGCUACCCCCUUAUGGCAGGUUUAGCUUCCCAGUAAGUUGGUAUCUGGCAGCUACUUGGCCUGGUUAUAGGGCCAUAGUGCAGGCCCAUUCAUUCGUCGGUGCAGGAAUCAGUCCUGCCUAAGGGAGCUGUAGCUCAUUACUUUUGUAUAUCUAAACAACACGAGGAAGAUCUUGCUAAUACAUUAACUCAUUUAAUAGCAUACAUUUUGAAAUAAAACAGUUGCAAACACUA